UUAUUAUUAUUAUUAUUAUUAUUAUUAUUAUUUUAAUGUGAACCCUUAUGCACUGAUAACUUGCGUCUGUCUGUCAUUUGUAAUUUAAAUACGUGUAGCAAUGGGACAGUUAUCAUGUUUACCUUUUCUCUAAAUUUUUUUUAUGGAAGUGCCUGGGUCAAUGAGAAGUCUCUGUAACCAAUAAAUGAUAAAAAUUAUAGGCCUUCUGUCAAGAGUUCUACAGGUGUCUCAGUCUGGAAGAAUGCCUUACAUGAAAGGGUCAGAUUCGGAUUAUGGUCCAGUCUAUAUUCGGGAGAAAGGAGAGCUACGUCUGAUUGCUGAUCCUGUGAAUGUUGAGAAGGUUGGCCCAUACAAGACCAAACCCCUCAGCCACUUGAAGAAAUGCGACUCAGUCAGGUUUUGCAUCCGUGAGGGAGACCAGACCACAAGCACCAAGAAGAAUGACCCUGUCUUCCUUACGCUAUGCUAUUCUGCAAAGUCUCUCUUUGACAUUGCUUUAGGAUUUGUUGCAGACAAUGUUCAGCAUAUAGAUUCCCUUAUUGGCUUUCCAGAACAAGUGGCCGAAAAGCUCUUCGCUGCUGCAGAAAAAAGACAGAAAUUCGUUGAUCCUGGCACAGGACUCCGAGCUUUGCAGACAUUCAGUAAGGCCUAUGGAAGCCUGGUGCUCAGUUCCCUUUGCCUAAAAAGCAGGUACCUUCUGGUGUCUGAGAAACUGGAAGAGAUUAAAUCCUUCCAGGGAUUGUCAUGCCUGGAUCUUUCCAGCUGUAAACUUGGGGAUGACCAUGAGCUUCUGCAGCACCUAACCACAGAGGCUCUAUCAAGUCUAGUCAAGCUCAAUUUGGGGGAUAACUGCCUGUCAGACAGUGGCCUUCGGAAGAUGACAGCACCAGUCAGAGUAAUGAAGAGGGGCCUUAAAAACCUGGAGCAUUUAGAUUUGUCCUCCCGUCCUUUCUUAGGUAACCCGAAUAUUGGUGAACUGGGAAUUGGAUAUCUGUGUUGCUUUAAGAAACUGUCUGUGCUAGAUAUCUCGGGAGCAGGUGCAAAGCUCAGUAAAUCACUAUUACAAAUGCUACAGAAUAAGAUGGGUCUAGUUUCUGCUGACGCUCCUCUGCAAGACUUUUCUCAUGCACACUGCAAAACAGAAGGCUGGGCAGAACAGGUAAUUCUCCAGUGGGACAGCAUUAUUUCUGACUCUGCAAAACCAAGGAUAAGCCUCAUGCCAAGAACAGUAGCACAACGCUUCUAUGGCAAAGAAACGUCAAUGAAGAGGGUACUUGCACUACCAUCUCUGGCGUUUAAUAUUAAAGAAAGAAAGAGUGAGGUGAAUAUGCAGUUUCACAAAAAGCCUCUUCAGGACAUCUGUGCUGUAGCAUACGACGAAAGCUUGCCUGGCAAAACCUCAGCAAUACAGAACAGCAAGAAGAGAGACUUAGAAAUCCUAGUCCAGGACAAUGCAGUGCCUUCUGCAAAGCGCCAGUGUGCCCCCCGACAGUUAACUCUGGAGGACUGGGACUUACUAGACAGUUAUUAGAUGACAGCUUUGCACACAGUGCCUUAUGGAUAUGCUGCUGUUGGAAGUGGCUGGAUAAAGACAUUGGCUGUUGUGUGUUUGCUAUGCACAAAAAUAUUACAAGCUAAAAACAUAUAUAUAUAUAUAUAUAUAUAUAUAUAUAUAUAUAUAUAUAUAUAUAUAUAUAUAUAUAUAUAUAUAUAUAUAUAUAUAUAUAUAUAUGAAUACAGUAGUGUGUGUGUGUAUAUAUAAUAUGAAUACAGUAGUGUGUGUGUGUAUGUGUGUAUAUAUAUAUAUAUAUAUAUAUAUAUAUAUAUAUAUAUAUAUAUGCAAGUUAUAACAAGACUGCCUACACAGUAUGCCAAUAUUGUGCUUUUAUUUUAUAAAUCACUUUGUAAUUUGAUGUUGAAUUGUAAAUAUUCACUUUUCUAUACGUGUUAGCACUUGAUUUGUAAAAUGCAACAAUCUCAAAUACCUUGUGAACUUUUACAGUUAAAUAAAGGAUAUGUUAUAAAAUCAGCUUUGAACAGUGAUAAAACUGGAGAGUACACAGAUAACCAAACAAGAAAGAAAUCAAUGCUAUCUAAACGUGUUACUGACUUGGGAGCCUGGUUACAGCAUCCAAGUGGCUUGUAUGCUCAGUAGUGCUUUGUAUUGUACCCAACAGUUUUCUUUGAA